GCCCCCGUCCCCCGCCCCGGACUGGGCUCUCUACCGCCCUCCUUCCCGCUCCCACAGCUACAGCCUGCCGGGCGGGAGCGCCUGCUGCAGAGCCCCGGCUGAGGCGCUGGAGCCCGGCAGCCUCCCGCAGGCUCCGGGACUGGCCGAGGAGGAGCCCUCCGGCCUCGGAGGAGACACGCAUAUUGAUUGCAGCAGCGGAGUUGGGAGGAAGGCUGUCUCAUGUCUGUCUCUGUAGCUUGUAGUAGCUGAAGCUCACAGGUAGCCAGCCUGCGAUGCAGGGAACAGCCCCAGCCGCAACAGGAGAGAGUACUUGAAGAACAGCCAGUUUUCAUCCCGAUAUAGAUUACGUUGACCCUGACACAUCUCUGGGACCUGCAAUGACAAGUCUGAACAGUAGCCAUGCAGAGAAAACUGAUGAAAUGUCUUCAAAGCAGUCUGCCCCAAAAGUGCAAGUUCAGCGAUCUGUUUCCCGAGAUGUCAUCACCAUUCACUUCUCGGCAUUUGGGAAGGAGGAAGAGGAGGAGGAAGAGGAGUUUAAGGAGUCUCCCAAUGAUGAACUGGAUGACCAAAGCAUUGUAACAGCACUUGAAGCCAAGGAAGACCUCUGCUUUGAACAUGGUGGCCAUGAUUUUUCUGGUCCAGCUACCUCGCAUAGCAUGGUCGACUCUGCAUCCCUCUUAUCUUCGUCACCUGUGAUUUUGCCAACCGUAAACACUGUAAAGCCAUUGGAUUCUUCUUCAGCAUCGCAAGUAUUCAGUGCAGUGCCAUUAGUUCCAUCACCCUCAUCUGAUUCGUAUCAUGUAGCUAGCUCAUCAGGUGUGUUGUCUCCUUUGGAACAGAAAGCCAGCUUGUCAUCCUCCCCAUUGUCCUCUCCAUCCAAGCCAACUGUCUUGUCUAGUGCUUCAUCCACUGUUUCUAGUUCAAAGCCUUUUAUGAGUUUAGUUAGGUCCCUUUCAACAGAUGUAGAACCAAAAGAGCCCACCCCGCCCACGAGACAUAGACACUUAAUGAAAACCUUAGUGAAAUCUCUGUCCACAGACACAUCUAAACAAGAAUCUGAAGCUGUAUCCUACAAACCUGACUCUAAACUGAACUUGCACCUGUUCAAACAGUUCACUCAGCCUCGAGUUACAGGUGGCGAUUCCAAAACUGCCCCCUCUUCCCCAUUAACGUCUCCUUCAGAUACUCGUUCCUUUUUUAAAGUACCUGAAAUGGAGGCUAAAAUUGAAGACACUAAAAGACGCCUUUCAGAGGUCAUCUAUGAGCCUUUUCAACUCCUCAGCAAAAUAAUGGGCGAUGAAAGUGGUAGCCACAGGCCCAAAGCCUUAUCUUCAAGUGCUUCAGAACUCUCAAAUCUUUCCAAUUUAAAUGGCCACUUGGAAAGCAAUAACAACUAUAGCAUUAAGGAAGAAGAAUGUGAUUCUGAAGGGGACUACUAUGGAAGUGAUUCUACUCUAAAUAAAAGUAACCAGUCCAAAACUGCUGAGGAACAUGUGAAAGACACGGAGACUAAAAGCUCCCAGUCUGUAAGCACAAAGGACCCAAAUUUGAAGACUUUGCUGGUAUUGGAAAAAUGUUCUUUGUCUGCACUGGCAAGCAAAGAGGAUGAAGAAUUUUGUGAACUGUAUUCUGAAGAUUUUUUUUUAAUAGAGGAUGAAAGCAAAGUGGAAAAACCCACAGAACCUUUGCUCCAGGCAGAAAUAACUGAGGAAUAUGGUACUGCUCUCAAUAGCGAAGACGAAGUUGAUUUAUGUGUGCAGCAGCCUAAAAUACCCGUUAAGACUUUGUACUUCUUUACAAUGUUAGUCUAUGCUUAUCUUAUACUCCCUCUCCCUAGUUACUUCUGUGGACUCUUCCUGGGAGUUGCCCUUGGAUUUAUGAUUGCUAUCUGUGUGAUUUGGCUUCUGACACCAAGUGCUCGUGAAUAUCACAAACUACAUAAAAACCGGAGCAAGCAGUGGAAUACAGCAUCUCUGGACAUCAAAGAACCAGAAAUAUUGAAGGGAUGGAUGAAUGAAAUUUAUAAUUAUGAUCCAGAAACUUAUCAUGCUACAUUGACUCAUUCUGUCUACGUGCGACUUGAAGGAAGCACCUUAAGACUUUCAAAACCCAAUAAAAAUAUUUCCAGAAGGGCUAUUUACAAUGAAUCGAAGCCUGAUGUCACCUACAUUGGCCAGAAAAUUUAUGAGCUUACGGACAGCAAGAUUUAUCUGGUUCCCAAGAGUCUGGCUCGAAAACGAAUUUGGAAUAAAAAGUAUCCUAUUUGCAUUGAACUUGGUAGACAAGAUGACUUUAUGGCUAAGGCCCAGACUGAUAAAGAGAACUUAGAAGAAGGGUCACCGGCAGAGAACUUAGACUUAGGCAGUGAAGAAUCUAAGAAACCUCAAGAUGGGACAAAGCCCAUUAGUCAGAAGGAUCAGAUACUUUAUUUGUUUGGAAGAACGGGUAGGGAGAAGGAGGAAUGGUUUAGGAGAUUCCUUCUGGCUUCCAAGUUAAAGUCUGAAGCGAAGAAGCCUCUCAGCUUAUGUGGAAACAAGCCAGGGUUCUUGCCAUCACACAGUAGAACCAAUAGCCAGUCUGGAAUUCUUACGCACAGUCGCAGCAGUAGCAAAGGAAGCGGAGAAGAAAUCAUGUCCCAGCCUAAGCAAAAGGAGCUGGCAGGAAAUGUGCGACAGAAAAUGAUUUUGGACUACAGUGUAUACAUGGCAAAGUGUGUUCCACAAGAAAAUAAAAGCCCUGUGGUUAGUCCAGCCUGUAGUGCAGACAGUAGCCCUACUUCUGUGAAAAAGUUGCCAGAUAUCCAUACGGUAGCUGAAGAAGAGGAACAGGAGGCAUGGGUAAAUGCUUUGCUUGGAAGAAUAUUUUGGGAUUUCUUAGGAGAAAAGUACUGGUCUGAUCUUGUGUCCAAGAAGAUCCAAAUGAAACUCAGCAAAAUAAAGCUGCCAUAUUUUAUGAAUGAGCUAGCUCUAACUGAACUUGACAUGGGAGUAGCGGUGCCGAAGAUCCUUCAAGCCUUCAAACCUUCUGUUGAUCACAAAGGGCUUUGGAUUGAUUUGGAAAUGUCCUACAACGGGUCUUUUCUAAUGACCCUCGAGACCAAAAUGAAUUUGACCAAACUUGGUAAAGAGCCUCUUGGUGAAGCACUGAAAGUUGGAGAGAUUGGCAAAGAAGGUUUCAGGCCAAGGGCAUAUUGCCUUGCAGACAGUGAUGAGGAGUCUUCUAGUGCUGGGUCUUCAGAGGAGGAUGAUGCUCCUGAGGUGAUGGGAGGAGAAAAGCAGCUGACUCCUGGUGCAGAAGGGUAUGUUGGAGGACAUCGGACAAGUAAGAUCAUGAGGAUUGUGGAUAAAAUUACCAAGUCAAAAUAUUUCCAGAAAGCAACAGAGACUGAGUUCAUUAAAAAGAAGAUUGAAGAGGUCUCCAAUACUCCACUACUGCUAACUGUUGAAGUACAAGAGUGUAAAGGAACACUAGCAGUUAACAUUCCACCACCACCUACUGACAGAAUAUGGUACGGUUUCCGAAGACCUCCCUAUCUAGAGCUAAAAGCUCGGCCAAAGCUCGGCGAGAGAGAAGUAACUUUGGUUCAUGUGACUGACUGGAUAGAAAAGAAACUGGAACAAGAGUUUCAGAAAAUUUUUGUCAUGCCAAACAUGGAUGAUGUUUAUAUUCCUCUAAUGCACUCUGCCAUGGAUCCCCGCUCAUCUACGUGCCCUUCAAAAGAUCCAGUCACAGAGGCUGCUGAUCAACCAUGAAAUGUGAAGAUUUGCAGUGUACAGUAUUAAGAAAUUUAUUUUCAUGGUUUUUUAAACUGUGCGGUAGUUUUGUCCUUAACUUGUGCCACACCUUUUUAAAGAGGACUGCCUAUACCCAUUUCUUUGCGCUCAACAUGCCUGGUUAUUGUUCCUGUUUACUGCACUUAUACGAAGUUUAAUUCCAUUUAUAAGUUGAUUUAUUUUGUAAUGGCUGCUGUCAGGAUUUUAACUGAGGCUAAGAUGACCUGUUUUGAAGAAAAAAAAGAAAAUCUAAUUGUAAUAGAUCAAGGAGCUUGAUGACACAAAUUGUGGUCAGUUUGUGUUCAUACAUCAUGCUGCUGCAUUGAAGGGUGGUUCUUUUGCAGUAAAGGACCUGCAUGCCAAAUCCUCUGGCAGGAACAAAUGUAUACAACUGGAAGACUAUUUUUCUCUCUCAGGCAGUUGGAGGUGUAGAAUGAACUGUUUUAUGUUCUUUCACUUCUGCAGUCAAUAGCUUGUGUCAAGCCAUUGAAAUAUGAAAUCCUUUCAGGAGAAAAGAAUGUAAAUUGGAUGUAUAGGUAAUAUCGUGAAUCCAUUUAUGUGGAAUAUACAUAUUAACUUAUUUUUUUCAUACAAAGUUAAUGCUUUUUUGGGAAGCAAGUAGCCAUAAAACACACUCUCUCAAAUAUCAGUGAAGGUGGGAAUUGGUGGGGUUAUUGUGAUUAAGAAAGCAGUAGGCAAAGCCAUGAGACCAAACCAUAGCAAGCCUGCCUCAUAGUGAGGUACAAUCACCAUGGUUUGUGAUUAAUUCUGAAUGUUUAAAGAUAUGAGCACACAUGAAAAUGUCUAAAACUGCACAUACUGACCAGAAAUAAUUAUCCUAGUUGUGUAUGGAGUCUCUUAUACAAUGAAAUAAACAGUGGGAUUCUCAUAGGAGUUUCUGUUGCUGUGUUUUCCCAUGACACCAGUGUUUACAUGCAAAGCAUGGGACUAAAUUCUGAUCUGUGACAGCCAUGCAUCCAGUGACUUCAAAUCACCAGAUGUUGGUGAGGAUUUGUAGCUGUAACUGAAGGCAGAUUUUGACACCCAUGUAUUUAUUUCUCAGUUUUGUAUGUGAAAUAGGAAUUCAAGCAUUUGAAGUUGUUCAGGCUGAUCACAAGCUGGUUAUGACAGAUGUAAGGACUGUUUCUGCUAAUAAAUGGCCAAAACUAUGAGAAAAAAACUGCCUUUUUAUUUCUAUCUUGUGUGGAGAUUCAAGAUUAAAUGUAUGCAUUAAAUCAUUAACUAUUUGAACACUACAUAUCUGAUAUUUAAUGUGACUUUUUUUCCUCCGUGUUGCCAACUGUUCAUGUAUUUGUGUCAGAAUGUUUUAGUUUACAAAGGUGAGGUUUUGUAGCUCCCCUUUGACUAGCAUAAUUUGCUUUUUUUUUUCUUUUGAAAAGUAAAUUUUUACAAACUUUGUAUAUUGUGUUCAGUCCCAUUUGUUGUAAAUCAGAAUUACCUUGUGUAACUUUUUGAUGAUUUACCAUCUCUAAAUGAAGCUAUCAUAGUGAAGAUUUUUUUAAACAGCACCUUGCCUGAAACAUCAUAAAUAUAAUUAGCAUUUAAUAUAUUUAAAAAUUAAGUCUAUAUUUGAACACCUAUUUUUUGGUUACUUUUAAUUGCAAUAUUAGCAGGUUAUAUUUGUUACCUAAACUCCUGUGACCAUUCCAGUUUGUGUAUACUGUUCUGGUAUUGCGCUCAUUACUACAUAGGCAUUAUUUGCCUUUCAUGAAGUCUGCAUGUCUUGUACGCAGGUCUUUAUAUGAUUUCUAUGUGCAAUAACUGAAUUAUAAGUCAAAGGACUAGAUGCACUAAUGUGAAGAUAUCCAGAUUUGUUACACAAUUGUCAUAUUGCACUUCCUAGUCAAACUAUGUGGGUAACUAUAAUUGGCUUGCUUUGUUUUCUGAAAUAAAGUUAUCCCAUGUCAGACACAUUA